AUGGAUGAGGAGAACAGACAAGACAACGAAAGACAUUCUAUUGUUCAAAAAGCUAUAGAAGAAAUUGACUUAAACACACCAACACAACAAGUAGUAGAAGAAAUUAAAGAAGAAGAACAACAAAAGCAUGGAAAUGAAAUUCCAGUAGAAACAAUUGAUCACGGUUUAAAUGAAGACUCUUACAUCAAUUUUUCACCAUUUUGGAAAAAGAAAGAUGGAACUAAAAUACCUGAAGGUACUAAAGCUGUUCUUAAAUUAAAUUUAUUGAAUGAAGUAACAGAAUACCUUAAAGUUAAUGAACCAAAGAAGAGUGCAUCUGACAGACUUCGUUUUGAAAGAAAGCCAAGACUUCGAGCUACAUUUCUUGAAGAUAGUGCACAUAAAAGAAUCAACGAUAUGAUAGAUGGAAUAAAGAAAAGUCGAAAAGAAAAGAAACCAAGAAAAGAUUGUGUUUGUGGGCUUGACCUUCUGCAAGAACCGAAAAGAGAUAAAUUAAUUAUACUUCUCCGUUUAGUAGAAAAGUGUAAUGAAAAUCAAAUUGAUGAUAUAAUAGAAUAUAUUAAGCAUAGUUAUAUUGUUGUAGAAUCAUCUUCCUUAAAUAUUUCAUCUAUUCCCACUAUUUCUGAACAACCCUUAGGUAUACAUAAUCAAAUUGAAGUACAAGAACAUCAAAUGCCAUUGAUAGGUAUGGCUGAAAAUCAAUGUAAUCUUAGUCAACAAAAAGAUGACCACAUUACUAGUUCUUCUAAUUAA